UUUUUAUUUAUUUUCUUUCCUCUAGAUUUCCUUACGGAGAACUCCUCUAAAGUAUGUCAUUAACCUUGUUAUUCCAACCAUCUUCAUGGUUUUGAUGGAUGUUUCCAGUAUGUUCAUGCAGUCAUACGAAACCAGGUUUAGUUUCAAGAUUAUCCUGGUUUUAGGAUUCUCUGUGCUGCUGCUGAUUCUCAAUGCUAUGCUCCCUAAUUCUGACAGUCCACCAAUUUUGGGUAGGUACCUACCAUAAGCAAUUUGUUCAUUCUUAUUAUCUGAUAACACAUAGAUAUUUCCUCAAAGGUGAUACACAGUUCUGGUAGGUAUUAGUAUAAUGCAAGUUUCCCCUGCAUGGUAAUUUUACCAACAAAAGUAAAUUGGGUAGGAAGGGACUUCUAGGUUGACUUACUAAGACACUUCCAAGAGGCUGACCAGGUAAUAUACUUAUAUAUGACAUAUAUAUAUACACACACACGAACUUAUUACUGGGAAAGCCUUCCAUGAGUAAGAAUUAAAGUGGCACUGUCACCGCCUGGACACUUUGCCGAACCCCAACGGUGACAUUGCUGCUGGGGUACUUUGGCCAGGGGGUGGGGCAGGGAAAGAUGAGUUCCACUUACCUUAGCAAGUUCCUCACAGGUGCCGCCAUCUUCCUCCGGCGGACAUCACUGCUGUAUUUUUGUGCAUGCGCGAUAGUACAGCAUUGAGGUCAUCGGAGGAUCCCGCAAGACAACAGGAUCCUCCAUAGACAGAGCCAAAUACCUGCACACAUCAUUGUUGAUGGGGAUUGACACUUCUAGAUGGUGGAAGCUCCACCUCGUAUCUAAGAAAGUCAGGCAUAAAAAAAAAAUACAUAAGACAGAGUAGUCCAUAUUUUGUCUUAUGUUUGUAGUUAGAAAUAAAUGAAAACUGAAAAAAGACAGAGUAAGAAAGAGGAAGAAAAGAAAAGUUUGGAAUUUGGGAAAUGUUAAAGGACCACUAUAGUGCCAGGAAAACAAACUCGUUUUCCUGACACUAUAGGGUUUUUGGGUCCCCCCUCCCUCUGGGUCCCCCUCCUGUUGGGCUGAAGGGGGAUGAAGGGGUUAAACACUUACCUCUCUUCAGCGCCAGGCUCCCACUCUCCUCCCUCUUCCGACGUCAUCCGCUGAAUGCCGCUAAUUCAGUUAGUCAGUUACUCAAUGCUUUCCUAUGGACCCUGGUGUCUUUUCACUGUGAAAAUCACAGUGAGAAGCACGGAAGCCAAUAGCGGCUGUCAGUUUCUCUGAAACUGCUUUUUCACAGCAGGCAGGGUUAACCCUAGAUGGACCUGGCAACCAGACCACUUCAUUAAGCUGAAGUGGUCUGGGUGCCUAUAGUGGUCCUUUAAGUAAGGUGUGAUAGUAAGGAUGCACUGCAGUUGGUUGGCUUUGUUAUUGACUAAAGCAAGAAAACAAAAGACCUUCAUGCCAGAUGUUGACAAUAUGAAAUAUUCAUUUUCAGUCUUUAUUUUAUUAGGUUAUGCUGUCACACAAUCACACAUAUUUUUACUAGAGGCAGGGAAGAUAGUUAGAACAUUGACAUUUUGUGGUGGGGGGAAGUAGUUUGGGUCAAUUAUAAGUAGGCAAGUUUUAACUUAAUGCAAAAAAAUGUGAACAGAGCUUAGCGCUUAUUACAAGACAAUAAAAGAAACAAUUUAAAUCAAUAUAAAUCUUAAUCUUAAAUAUUAUAAUAAACUUUCUUUAUAAAAUUUAGCUGCUAAACAUUCAUGUGAUUCCUUACAAUAUCACCAAUAAAAGAAACAGAGAAAAAGUAAAGAAUGUAGCGCUUUAAAAAAUAAGUGUCACCUUUUGUAUUGCUUGAGAAGGAGAUUUUUUUCCUUUUUUUCUCUCCACUAGUGUCCCAAAUUGCAAAUAAAUCUUUUAUAUUGCUGAAGAGAAAAAUGUUCACUAGUGUCCCAAGCUGUAAAUGAAUCUAAAAAAGAUAAUUAUAGCAACAUAGUAUAGACCAUAGGGAAUUUGGAAUUAAAUAUAUAAAAUGUAGAAAUGGCACACUCACAGACCCAGAGCUGUGAACUCUUAAAACUGUGAAGAUGUUCUGUAGUCUGCAGCUGUAACUUGACCAGUUUUCUCCUGGUGUCAUACAUAAGCUAUACUUACACCCAAAAUAAAAAUACUCAGGAAAUCAACAUACCAUGCUAAGAUGUAAACUCAGAAGCUGUGGAAGUAACUAUUGCAGAUCUUUUGUUUUUAACUCAGUAUGCAACUACAUUUUUGAGAUAUGACUUUUUUUCCUAACUAGUAAACUGAUCUGUUAGUGUCACUACUAAAACAAGCACAGUGUUUUAUUAAGUCAAAACCUUAGAUUAUUAUUGGGAUUCUUAUAACUUGGUCCUAUCCCUCCACACAUGGGUGUUUUAGCAUAGCGUUGUGUACAUAAAUGCACUGUAGAAGAUGGCAUUUAAUAAUGAUUAUUUUCUCUACGGGUGUACAAAACACUUGCAAACUAGACCUUAUCAAAAUUAAAUAUCUAAUGCUGAUAGCUUGGGCUAUAGACUGCCAAAAGCUAGCUCAUAAAACAAAAUUAAAGUGAAGGUGAACAUUUUUAUGACCCCCAAAAUUACUACAGGGAUCUUCCCAGUAGUUUCUGAUAAGGAUUGAAAAGUCCAUUAAAGGUUUAUUCAAAGUACCAUUUGAAAGGUUUACUCCAAGGACAGCGGUUUGAAGUUGACAUAUGGUCACACUACUACCUUUUGUUGCCCAGGCUGUCUAGGGACGUCUAGAUGGUGGAAAGGGACACUUCCCACAGUCCCUCCCCUCUCCUGAGCAGUCCCAACGCCAACUGCGUUGACCUUUUAUGACUCGGCACGUAUGUGCCGACGUCAUGACGCAAAUGACAUCACGCCCAGGGAAAACGUUCGUAUUCAAAUAUUUUGGGGGUGUGGCUAUAUAAUAAAAGCUACAAACAAUAAAAAGGCACCUUGGGCAUGAAACUGUGGUUCAAGUUUAUGGUUCCCAAGAGUGCUUUACUGUCUGUGUAUUUCUGGUAUUUUGAUCUCGGCUUUUCUGACUAUUCUCCAUUCUGUAAUCCUGUCACUCAGCUAUUGGUUUUCGCUUCCCUGAUUUCUGGUUUUCCUUACUCGGCUUGUCCCUGACUAUUCGAUAUCCAUUUAAGCUCAGCCAUUCUAGUGACCUGUAUACGUUGUCAUUUCUAUUAUCAUAUACGCUCUGCGUCUUGGGUCACUAGGUAUUGUGACAAUAGUACUUGGAGUCAGUGUAAGCAUUGUUUUGUUAUGAAAUAGUGUACAUUCUGAGUUCAACUCCUCUGCUGCCAGAGUUGUAACUCCACCUCUGGUAGUGUCAUUGGGAUGUCAAUAGGCUAGUUCGGAACUCUUGGCUAAUGUCGGUUUUGUGCAUAUUUUUAUGAAGUGUGCACAGAAGCUGGUAGUGACAUCAGCAGAGGGAUUUUCAGUUCACUGAGGGUUCUUUGAGCACUCUAUACUGUGUGAUUGCAGCAUGAGAGCGCACUUUUGUGCUGCAGUUCCUCACACAGAGAUGGUGCUUGGCAGCUGGAAAAGCCCAUUAUUGAUCUUGCUGCAUGGGGGUCUUCCUUACACAGGUGGCCAGUGACAUGCUGGGGGUAAAGCAUUUUUUUAUUUAUCAUGGCAGCGCGAAGAUAACAUCAUGAGCAGUAUUCACUUUGACUGCUUAUAGCUCUUCUGUCAGUCUGGGACCAUUAUUUAAACACUGCAGUGUAAACAUUGCUGUUCUUCAGAACAGUAUUGCUUUACAUCACAGGGACAAAACUACAGGGGCAUGAUACUCAGACCCUUAAUUGAGAAGUAAUCUCUUUAUUUCUUUUUAACUAGUGUGUCUUUCAGUCCAUGUCCCUCCCUUUCCUACUCUUGUGGGCAGUAUUGACCAGGAUGUCACUUAUCACCAUAUCAGCUAUGUGUGUUUGUUUUUGUGGUUAGCUCCAAAUUUAGCAGUACUUGGAGGUACGGGUUACAGCAAAAGACCUCUUUUCACAAUACCUAACAAAUGUUUGAUAUAGAUUAUAUGUUUUAGAUAUGUGCAUUCGUUAUCGGACGAAUAUGAUUUCAUCAGAAUUUUUUUACUUUUUCAUAUUCGUUUACUAUAACAUAAAUGAAAGACCUACAUACGAAUUAUAUACGAAACGAAAGGGCAAAUUCCGAAUGCAUUACGUUUCAUUUCUUUCGUUUAAUAGACUCCGUGCUGCAGGAGAAUUAACCCCCACAGCAGUGAAGAGAAACAAAAAAACCUGGAUCUCCCUGCAGCAGGAGACUUAACCCGUGCGUAUAAGAGUCUUGUGGCGGAACUUACCUCCUAUUCAUAUGUUUUCCCCUUUAUUUUGUAUGUUUUAUCUUUUUUCAGUUUGGAAGUACUUCAUACAAACAGAAUCUUUUCGUCUCCUGAAUGAGGACCACCCCUGUACCCCAUUAGAACGUUAACACCAGCAAUUUAAUGGGUGGCUGCCAUUUUGUAUAACCGAAUACGUGGCAGACAAAAGAAUGGCGGCCAUCUUGUCUACUGAUCGUGGGCAGCGGUACUUGGUUGUCGAGUGCCUGGAACUCUUUUCGGCUAGACACUUGCGCAAACGCCGGUAAAACUUAGACCGCCACCCGUUCUAUUUCCCGACCACCUAUAUGGAUGACAUUAGGGAGAUAUGAACUACCGAUCGGGGGAGCAAUCAUAUGUUUGCAUGGUGUUCGCAUUGGAACCUCACAAACGGAGACCGGCCAGGGCAGUCACUAGUAGUUUUAAAUGACAGCGAGCAGCCACUAGCUUGCUUGCUGUUUAGGCCACAUGCUGCGAGUGAGGGCAUAUGAGAGGAUUUAACCUCCCUUUUAUUAAUAUGGGGGUCAUAUAUGUUUUAAUGCGGGGGGGGGUAGGAAUUGUUAUUAUUUAUUACAAGGAUAGAGCUGGUAGCAGUGCCGGCUCCCUCUUUGCUUUUCUUUUUUUUUUUAUUGCACAUGCGCAGUUUAAUGUUCGUCCUAAUGGACGGAAACAAAUUAUUUUUUACUGAAUUUCGUUUAAAAAAACGAAUGUUUUAUGGACGAAAUUCGGAACUGACAAAUUAAAUUUUUAUUUAGUACAAAUUCAUUUGUACGAAACAAAAAUUUCACUGUCUACUAUGUUUCCAUGUACUGCUUCUCGUCCCUUCUAUACUCUAUCCAGGGCUGAAGAUCAUGACAGAUAAUUAUGAAGCUAAAAAGUGCAUUUUAAAAACCCACUAAAGGCAACCAGACUACGUCAUCUCAGUAAAGUGGUCUUGGUGCAGUGACCUUUUCAUUUGAAUAAUCCAAUGUAAAAACAAUGUUUCCAUAGCAGUGUUAACACACCUCUAGUGGCUGUCCUGCUAGCAGCCACUAGAGGCACUUCCACAUUGAGAACAAAGUCUAACUCAGUUCUCAAUUAACUGCCACUCAUAGAGCAGCAGUUGGUUUGCGCCGCACACCUUUUGCUGCAUAUGCACACGAGCCUCCCAAUGUUUCUCCAUAGCGAAACAUUGAUCUCGAUGAUCUUAGCCAAGGAUGUGGAGAAGCAAGACGGAGACUGGCAUGGCAAAGGCUGAAAGGUAAAUAGAUCUUAUCUUUCAAUCUCUUACAAGCAAAGAGUUGGGGGAUCUAUAGCUUCCUUCAAACACUCCUUUAAACUAAUAUACAAAUGUUUCUACAUGGCCCAAGUAUCUAUGCUCACAUAUGUUUCUAUAGCAAAAUUCUAGUUCUGUGUAUUUAUGUAUGUCCCAAUCAGAUGGACAUGUUUCCUUAUUUAAAGAAAAACUGCCAUGUUUCUGGAAAAUACACUAUUAAAUAAUACAUUGAAAAUCAACCAUAAUUGAUGUUUUUUUUUCUGAUGCUCCUUUUAAAAAAAAAAAAAAAAAAAAUACAUAUACCCUAAGGAGAAAGCUUUUGAUGCCAUAGCGCCUGAAACAGAGUGUCGAUGUUACCCGACUUCAUGAUCCACUUUACACAAAGGUGUUGAUGUUACCCGAAUUCAUGAUUCACUUUACCCAACGAGAUAAGGUCACUGUAGAAACAGGUUGCUAUGGGAGUCAAAGGGCUAGAAACAAAUCAGCAUAUGUAGGAUCACGGAUUGAAGAGAUCCUCUCCCUCUCCCUGAGACAGGCCACUGGACAUAGGUUAACAUUAUGUGGAAAGGCUGGAUAAACGACCGAGGUAAUGGAUGUCGUCGUACGCCUUGAGAUGUCAAAGGAAACGCCAUCUGGAGUAAAGGAAUGUGCCGUAAUGUCCAGUGCAUGAACGUCUGAGACACUUUUACAGUAGAUGAGACAAAACAACAUAACUAACUUUGCUGUGAGUUGCUUGAGCGAAAGAUCUUCAUUCUGAGGCCAAUUCUCAAAGAGUCAAAGGACAAGGCUCACAUCCCAUAAGGAGGAAUAUUUAGGACUUGGAGGACGUACAAAUAUGAUGCCACGAAGGAGUCGACAUACCAAGAGAUGUUUACCUGUAGGCUGUUAGAUUAUUAUUGGGAUUCUUAUAACUUGGUCCUAUCCCUCCACACAUGGGUGUUUUAGCAUAGCGUUGUGUACAUAAAUGCACUGUAGAAGAUGGCAUUUAAUAAUGAUUAUUUUCUCUACGGGUGUACAAAACACUUGCAAACUAGACCUUAUCAAAAUUAAAUAUCUAAUGCUGAUAGCUUGGGCUAUAGACUGCCAAAAGCUAGCUCAUAAAACAAAAUUAAAGUGAAGGUGAACAUUUUUAUGACCCCCAAAAUUACUACAGGGAUCUUCCCAGUAGUUUCUGAUAAGGAUUGAAAAGUCCAUUAAAGGUUUAUUCAAAGUACCAUUUGAAAGGUUUACUCCAAGGACAGCGGUUUGAAGUUGACAUAGUGGUCACACUACUACCUUUUGUUGCCCAGGCUGUCUAGGGACGUCUAGAUGGUGGAAAGGGACACUUCCCACAGUCCCUCCCCUCUCCUGAGCAGUCCCAACGCCAACUGCGUUGACCUUUUAUGACUCGGCACGUAUGUGCCGACGUCAUGACGCAAAUGACAUCACGCCCAGGGAAAACGUUCGUAUUCAAAUAUUUUGGGGGUGUGGCUAUAUAAUAAAAGCUACAAACAAUAAAAAGGCACCUUGGGCAUGAAACUGUGGUUCAAGUUUAUGGUUCCCAAGAGUGCUUUACUGUCUGUGUAUUUCUGGUAUUUUGAUCUCGGCUUUUCUGACUAUUCUCCAUUCUGUAAUCCUGUCACUCAGCUAUUGGUUUUCGCUUCCCUGAUUUCUGGUUUUCCUUACUCGGCUUGUCCCUGACUAUUCGAUAUCCAUUUAAGCUCAGCCAUUCUAGUGACCUGUAUACGUUGUCAUUUCUAUUAUCAUAUACGCUCUGCGUCUUGGGUCACUAGGUAUUGUGACAAUAGUACUUGGAGUCAGUGUAAGCAUUGUUUUGUUAUGAAAUAGUGUACAUUCUGAGUUCAACUCCUCUGCUGCCAGAGUUGUAACUCCACCUCUGGUAGUGUCAUUGGGAUGUCAAUAGGCUAGUUCGGAACUCUUGGCUAAUGUCGGUUUUGUGCAUAUUUUUAUGAAGUGUGCACAGAAGCUGGUAGUGACAUCAGCAGAGGGAUUUUCAGUUCACUGAGGGUUCUUUGAGCACUCUAUACUGUGUGAUUGCAGCAUGAGAGCGCACUUUUGUGCUGCAGUUCCUCACACAGAGAUGGUGCUUGGCAGCUGGAAAAGCCCAUUAUUGAUCUUGCUGCAUGGGGGUCUUCCUUACACAGGUGGCCAGUGACAUGCUGGGGGUAAAGCAUUUUUUUAUUUAUCAUGGCAGCGCGAAGAUAACAUCAUGAGCAGUAUUCACUUUGACUGCUUAUAGCUCUUCUGUCAGUCUGGGACCAUUAUUUAAACACUGCAGUGUAAACAUUGCUGUUCUUCAGAACAGUAUUGCUUUACAUCACAGGGACAAAACUACAGGGGCAUGAUACUCAGACCCUUAAUUGAGAAGUAAUCUCUUUAUUUCUUUUUAACUAGUGUGUCUUUCAGUCCAUGUCCCUCCCUUUCCUACUCUUGUGGGCAGUAUUGACCAGGAUGUCACUUAUCACCAUAUCAGCUAUGUGUGUUUGUUUUUGUGGUUAGCUCCAAAUUUAGCAGUACUUGGAGGUACGGGUUACAGCAAAAGACCUCUUUUCACAAUACCUAACAAAUGUUUGAUAUAGAUUAUAUGUUUUAGAUAUGUGCAUUCGUUAUCGGACGAAUAUGAUUUCAUCAGAAUUUUUUUACUUUUUCAUAUUCGUUUACUAUAACAUAAAUGAAAGACCUACAUACGAAUUAUAUACGAAACGAAAGGGCAAAUUCCGAAUGCAUUACGUUUCAUUUCUUUCGUUUAAUAGACUCCGUGCUGCAGGAGAAUUAACCCCCACAGCAGUGAAGAGAAACAAAAAAACCUGGAUCUCCCUGCAGCAGGAGACUUAACCCGUGCGUAUAAGAGUCUUGUGGCGGAACUUACCUCCUAUUCAUAUGUUUUCCCCUUUAUUUUGUAUGUUUUAUCUUUUUUCAGUUUGGAAGUACUUCAUACAAACAGAAUCUUUUCGUCUCCUGAAUGAGGACCACCCCUGUACCCCAUUAGAACGUUAACACCAGCAAUUUAAUGGGUGGCUGCCAUUUUGUAUAACCGAAUACGUGGCAGACAAAAGAAUGGCGGCCAUCUUGUCUACUGAUCGUGGGCAGCGGUACUUGGUUGUCGAGUGCCUGGAACUCUUUUCGGCUAGACACUUGCGCAAACGCCGGUAAAACUUAGACCGCCACCCGUUCUAUUUCCCGACCACCUAUAUGGAUGACAUUAGGGAGAUAUGAACUACCGAUCGGGGGAGCAAUCAUAUGUUUGCAUGGUGUUCGCAUUGGAACCUCACAAACGGAGACCGGCCAGGGCAGUCACUAGUAGUUUUAAAUGACAGCGAGCAGCCACUAGCUUGCUUGCUGUUUAGGCCACAUGCUGCGAGUGAGGGCAUAUGAGAGGAUUUAACCUCCCUUUUAUUAAUAUGGGGGUCAUAUAUGUUUUAAUGCGGGGGGGGGUAGGAAUUGUUAUUAUUUAUUACAAGGAUAGAGCUGGUAGCAGUGCCGGCUCCCUCUUUGCUUUUCUUUUUUUUUUUAUUGCACAUGCGCAGUUUAAUGUUCGUCCUAAUGGACGGAAACAAAUUAUUUUUUACUGAAUUUCGUUUAAAAAAACGAAUGUUUUAUGGACGAAAUUCGGAACUGACAAAUUAAAUUUUUAUUUAGUACAAAUUCAUUUGUACGAAACAAAAAUUUCACUGUCUACUAUGUUUCCAUGUACUGCUUCUCGUCCCUUCUAUACUCUAUCCAGGGCUGAAGAUCAUGACAGAUAAUUAUGAAGCUAAAAAGUGCAUUUUAAAAACCCACUAAAGGCAACCAGACUACGUCAUCUCAGUAAAGUGGUCUUGGUGCAGUGACCUUUUCAUUUGAAUAAUCCAAUGUAAAAACAAUGUUUCCACAGCAGUGUUAACACACCUCUAGUGGCUGUCCUGCUAGCAGCCACUAGAGGCACUUCCACAUUGAGAACAAAGUCUAACUCAGUUCUCAAUUAACUGCCACUCAUAGAGCAGCAGUUGGUUUGCGCCGCACACCUUUUGCUGCAUAUGCACACGAGCCUCCCAAUGUUUCUCCAUAGCGAAACAUUGAUCUCGAUGAUCUUAGCCAAGGAUGUGGAGAAGCAAGACGGAGACUGGCAUGGCAAAGGCUGAAAGGUAAAUAGAUCUUAUCUUUCAAUCUCUUACAAGCAAAGAGUUGGGGGAUCUAUAGCUUCCUUCAAACACUCCUUUAAACUAAUAUACAAAUGUUUCUACAUGGCCCAAGUAUCUAUGCUCACAUAUGUUUCUAUAGCAAAAUUCUAGUUCUGUGUAUUUAUGUAUGUCCCAAUCAGAUGGACAUGUUUCCUUAUUUAAAGAAAAACUGCCAUGUUUCUGGAAAAUACACUAUUAAAUAAUACAUUGAAAAUCAACCAUAAUUGAUGUUUUUUUUUCUGAUGCUCCUUUUAAAAAAAAAAAAAAAAAAAAUACAUAUACCCUAAGGAGAAAGCUUUUGAUGCCAUAGCGCCUGAAACAGAGUGUCGAUGUUACCCGACUUCAUGAUCCACUUUACACAAAGGUGUUGAUGUUACCCGACUUCAUGAUUCACUUUACCCAACGAGAUAAGGUCACUGUAGAAACAGGUUGCUAUGGGAGUCAAAGGGCUAGAAACAAAUCAGCAUAUGUAGGAUCACGGAUUGAAGAGAUCCUCUCCCUCUCCCUGAGACAGGCCACUGGACAUAGGUUAACAUUAUGUGGAAAGGCUGGAUAAACGACCGAGGUAAUGGAUGUCGUCGUACGCCUUGAGAUGUCAAAGGAAACGCCAUCUGGAGUAAAGGAAUGUGCCGUAAUGUCCAGUGCAUGAACGUCUGAGACACUUUUACAGUAGAUGAGACAAAACAACAUAACUAACUUUGCUGUGAGUUGCUUGAGCGAAAGAUCUUCAUUCUGAGGCCAAUUCUCAAAGAGUCAAAGGACAAGGCUCACAUCCCAUAAGGAGGAAUAUUUAGGACAUGGAGGACGUAGAAAUCUGAUGCCACGAAGGAGUCGACAUACCAAGAGAUGUUUACCUGUAGGCUGGAUAAACGACUGAGGUAAUGGAUGUCUUCGUACGCUUGAGAUGUCAAAGGAAACGCCAUCUGGAGUAAAGGAACGUGCUGUAAUGUCCAGUGCAUGAACGUCUGAGACAUGUUUACAGGAGAUGAGACAAAACAACAUAACUAACUUUGCCGUGAGUUGCUUGAGCGAAAGGUCUUCAUUCUGAGGCCAAUUCUCAAAGAGUCGAAGGACCAGGCUCACAUCCCAUAAGGAGGAAUAUUUAGGACAUGGAGGACGUAGAAAUCUGAUGCCACGAAGGAGUCGACAUACCAAGAGAUGUUCACCUGCAGGAAAUACGUUCCAACCCUGGUGGCCUGCUGAUAUGGCUGACCUAUAGAGAUUUAUUGUACGGUAUGCUAGUCUGUGGUCAAACAGUGAAGCGAGGAAACUCAGGACCUGACUCACAGGUGCAGAUAUGGGAUCCACGUGUUGUUCCAUGCACCAACCAUUCCAUGAGUUCCAGGCAUGGAGAUAGGAUUUUCUUGUUCCUGGUGUCCAAGAUCCCGCCAGGAGUUCCAGAGUUGUUCUUGGAACGUUAGAGAGGAGCCAUGCUAAUAGUCUGAGACGUCCCUGGAGGAGAAGGGGAUGUGGGUUCCGUUUGAGAUCCAGCAAUAGGGAGUAAUCUUGGGUAGUCUAUGGACAUUUCCAUGAGUGUAGGGAGCCAAGGCUGAGCUGUCCAGAUUGGGGUUAUGAGGAACAAGGAGGUCCGGUGACAUCUGAGUUGUAAUAGUGUCCGAGCAAUGAGAGAAAGGUGGAAAAGUGAACUGGCGAGUGUUUGGCCAUGGUUGUAGGAAGGCACCUGAUGCCAGAGCCUCUGGAUCUGGUAUCCAGCUGAAAAUGUUUUGGUAGUUGGGAGUUCAAACGUGAUGCGAAUAGGACGAUCUCCAGAGGGCCCCAAAGAGACUCAAGCGGAGAAAAAUGGAAGGGUUCAGCCUCCAAUCUCUGGUAUCCCAUAAGUGUCUGGAAUUCCAAUCCGCCACUAUGUUGGACAUCCCCAGAAUGUACUCUGCCUGUACCAAAAUAUUGCGAUCCAGGCAGAAUUGCCAGAAUUCCUUAGCUAGGUUUGCUAAUAUUGUCAUCUUUGUGCCCCCAAGAUGGUUGAUGUAACGAACCGCUGAUAUGUUGUCCAUCCGUAAGAGUAUGAAACAAUUGGUUGAUACACCCAAGAGGUUCUGUAGGGAAAAAUAGCCUGCCAACAGUUCUAAGCAGUUAAUAUGCAUUUCCUGUUCUUCCAGGGACCUACUGGAGGUAGGCCCACAGUGCACGCCCCAGCUGUGCGUACUUGCAUCGGGUUCUAUCACAAUGUAUACACUGACCAAAUAUACACCAGUGCAGUGAUAUAUUAUAGAAAUGAUAAAAUCAAUACAGAGUAAAUUGGAGUGAUUCUUAGCUGAGGAGGCAGCAGCAAAGAAAUAGGAGUGGCUUAAGGUCACACAGGACUUUAUGGAGCAAGGAGCGUUCCUAUUUGUUAAUAUGUUGUAUGAUGGUUAAUCCUCUAGGGUACAUGUUGUAUUUUUUCUUUAAAUAUUUACAGUAUCCUUUCUUUGCUGCUAAGGAUUAAAGAAAGAAAUAAAGCAUAAUAUGAGCCUCCGUAUCCUUUAAUAAAAUUGGUAUUCUUCAUAUCUGAUGAAUGAGAAUGCUCUUCAUUUAAGGGGGUACACAUGUAAUUAUUUUCUUUUUUUUUUGUUAGUCUUUCUUUUAUUAUGGCAUUUGCUUCACAAAGUAAAGAAUAAAGAGAGUUAUUACAAGGUAAAACAAAAUAAAGGUAUCAGCAUUGUUUGGAAUACACUCCCAAGAAAGACUGCCACAUUUUUAUAAUAUGUUAACAGAUUAAAACAGGCUAGGUUUAGCUAUUACGUGAGAAUAAUUAAAGAUUACGUAAACUCUUCUUUUCUUGUGAAAAAUAUAGUAGAGUAAACAUGCUAAGCAAGAUGUAGACUGAGUGCAAGCUGAAUUAGUAUGUCUAAUGUGAUGGGUCACGUUGGGGUCAACAAGCUUGCGACAUUAAACAUAUCUGCCUUCUCAAGUGUGUAAAUGUAGGCUUUCAAGACUAUUAGAAACCAGAAUGAACAGUCGUAAUUCAACUAUGUUAGCUUAAAUUGACAGGCUAAGUGCCACCUUAAGACACACAUGCUUCACUAUAUUUGUGGUAUCUGCAGUUAUGGGGACCCCCAAGGAGAGCCAAACUAACUUAUAUACGUCUAUCUUAAAGCAAGAAGUAGUUGCUGAGGUGUUAAGAGAUGUCGUCAGCUGCUCAACAGCGUGUGCGGCAUUAAGGGAUCUCUAAAGGUCAGUGUCCACUUAUGUGGGUUAGAUGUUGCUCAGCAGUAGUGGUGCAAUUCUCCCUGGGUGUCAGUCCGGGUGUUAUGCUCGCUCACAAGCUUGGGCGCAAUUCACGGAUCGCUUCGUCAGCCAAUUUCCUCGCGUCCCAUUGUAGAGGCUGGUGCUUGGGAGUCUGUAGGAUGCAGGUGAGUUGCGAGAAUGGUGAGGCCUCCCCCCCAGCCCAAGGCCUUGUGUGGGGUCUGCAUUCGUGUACCAGAAAUUCGGGUGCUUGUGGAGGCCGAGCUUUUCCCUACAUGGGCGUCACGGAAAGCCCCGAUGUUCUGUUGCUGCCAGCGGCGGUCGGGCUUCUGGUGAUGUGGCCGAUGCUGCAGAGGUAACCUCCUUGUGACCUUCGGCCUGGGUGGAGGGUAUGCAUUACCAGGGACAGGCCUACUCUGUCUCUGCCUCCACAUCUCCCGUGGUGAACCUCCAUGUGCUGAGGAGGACCUUGCGAGGAGUCGUUCCAGUUUGACCCAGAAAUGCUGGAAUAUCAGGUCCAGGCUUGUGGAUUGGGGUCGUGUGGGUGCAGGCCUUAAUAGGUGCGUUGCGUCCGCCAUGUUGCUGGGCCCGGCGCAUCUGGAGCCCAAGCUAGAGUGGGCAGCUGCAGUCCGUACGGUCCAUGGAGGGGGGGAACGGUGGCUCGAACUGUGCCUUGCAGUGUGUUGGGGCUGUGGGAGAGCGUCCGUCUCUACCAUAUCCACUUGUGUGGUGUCAUUCUCGCAGGUCUCGGUGUCCCCCCUCGCUUGGUAGCCACAACAAGUUGAGUCACAGCCUCUGCUCAGCAGGAAUCUGCACUACGUAAGGUUAGGUGCGGGAGCAGCAGCAAAAUGCGUCUGCUCAGCUCUGCAGUCAGGCCCCGAUCCUGUAAUUAUUUUCUAUCUCAGGACUUUUCAUGGGUACCUUCCUUUAAAAUAUACAUAUACAUUAUACACAUAUUUGAAACAAAGCCCAUAAUUCUUAAGCCAAAAGUAAAAACCAAGGUUAAAUACAGUAUGUUCUGACAAUAAACCUGCCAAUUUUUUUUUUACACAGGUAUAUUUUGCUGUGCAUGUAUGGCUCUGAUGAUUUUCAGUAUAGCUGGAUGUGUGUUGACCUCGUACAUGAUGGAGUUAUCUUCUAAGCAAUCCAGGAUACCAAGAUGGGUAAAGACUUGCUUGCUAAAUAAUCUGGCACAUGUGCUGUGUGUCAAAGUAAAGGAUGUUAAAGAUUUGGAAAUGGUAAUUUCAAAGGACAAAGGUGAGUAGAAGAGACAACAAAUUUCAGUUCACUUUGAAUAUGUAGUGCAGUUUUGUAACUAGGAGUAUAGAGGUGGGCUGCAAAAUUAAUUAAAUCAGUAGAAAAUUUUAUAUUGGAAAGGGGGUGCAGGAAAGGAGGGCCUUCAAAGUAUCCUCAAAUCCGAGUAGGAGUGGUAUAUCCAGUUACUGGUGAAUUAGAUAAGAUAAAUAACACUUACAAUUUUGUAUAUAAGUGUGCUUGGAUGGUACAAUCCCUGCCUAUGGAUAUGCUGAUGGCCUUGGCCCUUUGUUAGAAGAUGUAUUAAGACCAGUAGGUAGCUGUUAAUAGUAAGCAUUUGAAGUGUUCUUUUUCAGUUCGCAGUGGAAAUUCACCGGUGUAUGGAUUAGAAAUAAAACAGAAAAUAGUGCUCUCUGUAUUGAUACAAUAAAAUAAAUAAUAAAAGGAGAUAUACUCACAAAAUGAGAAAAAAGGUUUUCCUCAAUUCAAAACAGAGUAGGUAGUACAUUCCACACCAAGGAUUUAUAAUCUGAAUCCUCCGAACAAAAUCUUCAGGGAGAAAUUCAGGAAGGUCCAGAAUAAAAAAAAAGUUUUAUUGAAACAAAUAAUAAAACUAAUAUAUAGCAUAAAACACAACUAAAACACUGACGUGUUUUUGACAAAAUUUUGCCUUUUUCAAAGUGUUAAAGCAUAAUGAACCUAUGUGAGCAAAUCUGAUAGAGGAUUAGAAAAGGAUAUCAGAAUACUUUCAAAAGAUAUUAAAAUACCGUAUUUUUCACUCCAUAAGAUGCACUUUUUUCCUCCUCAAAAGUGAGGGAAAUGUCUGUGCAUCUUAUGGAGGUCUCCUACCUUUAUGUAGCGUGGCCGAGCAGAGCAGCGCGCACAGGGAACCCGGCUGGACUGAAAGAAAGUGAGCAGUCAGUGCUCACUUCCUUUCAGUCCGGCCGGGUACAGGAAACUGAAUCUCCUGUACCGCACAAUUUUUUUCUAUUGCACAAUAUUUUAAACAUUUCAGAUCUUUAUUAUGAAUUAAAAAAAAGUUUAGAAACAGAGUGAUUUAGAAAGCCUUUUGUUGUGUUUCUACUUUGUUCAGCAAUGUGAGUUUUUGGGUUUCUAAUGGUCAUGUUGAUAUAUUGGAAUUUACAAGGGCAUUCUAAUAAAUAAGUAAAGUAUUUUGAGUGAAGUCAUAAAGCUAUUCAUAUUGUAUUUUUGAGGUAAAUAUUUUGACUUGAAAGCAGGAAUCCUUGUGACGUCCCUGUUAGUACUUCUACAUGCUAGGCAGCAUUUGCAUACCUUUUUGUUAAUUAAAAGAGAAUUUAUUAGAGUUGAUCUUUUUUUUGUAUAGUUCUUAGUGAGGAAUUGUUCUACGUUAGGGGCCCUUAUAAAAACUAUUUUGGAUUUAUCUGAUAAAAUGCCUUUUAAAAUUUUGUCUACUUUUAAAAUACUCCAGUGUUCCUUAAUAAAAAAAAUUCAUUUAAAACUCAUAUUGCUAAACACUAAAAUGAUAGGCAAAACAAUAUCUUUAUUUUGAUCUGAGUUGUGGUAUUGCAGGCGUUGGCUUCUAUCUAAUGGUUUUAUUCAUGUGAUAGACAUGUCAAUUUCCUUUUCAUUACAGUUUUUUUCUUUUGGAUACAGUUUUAUGCCUUUGUUGGAUAGGAAAUCUGUAAGAUCAUUUUCUGUACCAUGCCAAAUACAAAACAGGUCAUCUCUGUACCUAUAGUAUAAAACGAGAUUUGUUUUCCAUUUAAAAUUAGACCAAAUAAAAGUUUCUUCCUAGUCGUCCGUAAAUCUGUUUGCGUAGCAUGGUUCUACCCUCGUAUCCAUACCAUUGCCUUUCUGAAUGUCUUUCAAACAAUGGCAAAAGCGUUCAUCUGAUGAGGGUUAGUUCUUGGUGAGGCAUGCAGUUAUAAAGGUGCUUAAUGAGAAAAUAAUAGUACAUAUUUGUAACCCCUUCAUGUCCAUAAAUUACAGAAAUAGUAAACCCAAAACACACCAAUACGUAUUGCACAUAAAAAUAUUUUAUUAUAUGAUGAAAAAAAAAAAAAGAAUACAUCAAAGUUAAAGUGCAAACAUGCAAAAAAACAUGCAAAGAGUAUACAUCAUAUAUAUGACAGAUAUAUAUAAACUGAAACAUGCAAUACAGUAGCAUAUUGGGUGAGUAUUGAAGAUGUUAAUUACCUUUGUAAUUGCCAUUGUGUUGAGGUUUGUUCACCUCACAUUUGACAGAUUCCCAUUCGGUUGUGUAGUGAUGUUCUCCCCACUCUGUGCUAUUUGAGCUUACAUGGGUAUAUAGAGGCAUAUAGAUGUAAAUAGAUCUUUCUGGGGGUUUUUUCUCAGUUUUUUGGGGGGGCUGCUUCUUUGAGCAGUUGGGUGAAGUCCAUGAUCUGAAGUUAUCUAAAUAAAUCAGCAGGUUUUAAUAGCGUGACCAGGCCCCUUUAAAAAAAAAAAAAAAUGCAGCCGGAAGCAAGUUCUGCUGGGAGGAAGUGACGUCACUUCCUCCCACUUUACUCCGCGCGGGAAGGAGGAGAGAAAGGCCGUGAGGAGAGGCAGCCGACUCACAUCAUCCCCAGCCACCCUCCUGCAACGAAAUGGUAAGGAAGAGAGGAGGGUGGCUGAAAAUGAGGUAUGUGUGUAUGUAUGCCAGUAUGUGUAUGCCAGUGUGUGUAUAUAUGCCAGUGUAUGUAUGUAUGCCAGUGUAUCUGUAUAUGUAUGCCAGUGUAUGUGUAUGUAUGCCAGUGUGUGUAUGCCAGUGUAUGUGUGUAUGUAUGCCAGUGUAUGUAUGCCAGUGUAUGUGUGCAUGUAUGCCAGUGUAUCUAUGUAUGUAUGCCAGUGUAUCUGUGUGUGUAUGUGUGUAUGUAUGCCAGUGUGUGUAUGCCAGUGUAUGUUUGUAUGUAUGCCAGUGUAUGUGUGUAUGCCAGUGUGUGUGUGUAUGCCAGUGUAUGUGUGUAUGUAUGCCAGUGUGUGUAUGCCAGUGUAUGUGUGUAUGUAUGCCAGUGCGUGUAUGCCAGUGUGUGUGUAUAUAUCCCAGUGUGUGUAUGCCAGUGUAUGUGUGUAUGCCAGUGUAUAUAUAGAAAUGUAUUACCAUUUGUACAGAUGGAUACAAAACAAAGCUGGCUAUAAAUCUUCCAAAAUGCUAUUUAUCUGACUGCAACUGAUGGACAUUAUUUUUUUAAAUGAUGUUAUAUUUGUAUUCCUGGACCCAGCAGCUGAUAUACCACAGUACCAAGAUGCCAUGUCCAUUGUUUAACUGCUGGAGUUAGGAGGUAUCUUUCUGCUCCUCACUCAGAGAAAGCAUUGGCUGGUAGGUUAUUUCGGAGACUGUAAUGUAUGCCAGUGUAUGUGUGUAUGCCAGUGUAUGUGUGUAUGCCUGUGUAUGAAUGCCAGAGUAUGUAUGUAUGCCAGUGUGUGUCUGUAUGCCAGUGUGUCUGUAUGUAUGUAUGUAUGUAUGCAUGCCAGUGUUUGUGUGUGUGCAUGUAUGUAUGUAUGCCUGUCAGUAUGUAUGUAUAUAUAUAUAUAUAUAUAUAUAUAUAUAUAUCAGUAUGCAGUAUGUGUAUGUAUAUGUAUGUUUGUCAGUAUGUAUGUCUGCAUGUGUGUGUCAGUAUCUCCCUAUGCAUGUGUGUAUGUCUGUUUCAGUAUUUGUAUCUGUUAGUGUGUGUGUAUUCCUGUGGGCGGGAUUUGGAGGCGGGCCCUGUGGGUGGGCUUGAAGGGGGGCCCAAACCUUGAGCUGUGUUAGGGGCCCCAAAAUUUCUGAUGAUCCUGUGUAUUCUAUACCUUUAUAAUAAUGUGCUCUCAUUCCUGGGGAAAAUGUCCUGUUUCUUAAUAUUAGUAUCAUUGGUGAGGGUGAAGAUAUCAACUGCUAUUUUAGUGCCAGGCUUGGAGGGAGUUUAGGAUCGAUGGGCAUUGUGUGUGUUAGAGUGCUUUUUGUUCUCUGGGUAGCCAGAUGUAAAAUUGGGGGGAGAUCUACUCCCAUCAUAAUGACAGCUUUCAACAGCAAGCUCUUAGCCUCGAAGACAAGCUGAAAGAAAAAAACUAUAAUGACAAGGAUAUUGACACUCUUAUCACAGAAAACAAAACAAUUACAUAGAAACCAACUCCCGGAAUACCACAACUCAGACCAAAAUAAAGAUAUUGUUUUGCCUAUCAUUUUAGAUUUUAACAAUACGAGUUUUAAGAUGAAAAAUAUUAGAAGAAUAUCAGAAACACUGCAGUAUUUUAAAAUAUAUUUUACCAGAUAAACCCCAAAAUUGUUUUUAGAGGGGCCCCUAAUGUAAAAAGAUGCCUCACUAAGAACUAUACAAAAAAGAUCAACUCUAAUGAGUUCUCUUUUAACCAACAAAAAGGUUUUUAGAGAUGCAAAUGCUGACUAGCAUGUAGAGGUACAAACAGGGACAUCACUAAGAUUUUUGCUUUGAAGUCAAAAUAUUUGUCUCAAAAAGAUAAUAUAUAGCUUUAUCACAUUACUCAAAAAAUGUCACUUCAUUUUUAGAAUGCCCUUGUUAACUCCAAUAUAUCGGCAUGACCACUAGAAGCCUAAAAACUUGCAUUGCUGAACACUGUAGAAAUAAUUCAAAAAGCUUUCUAGAUCAGACUGUUUUUAAAUAUUUUUUUCAUUCAUAAUAAAGAUCCAAAAGCCUUUCUAAAAUGUUAGAUAGAAUAAAGUUGAGUUGGGUUUUUAACCCCUUAAGGACUGGACUGUUUUUGCGAUGUUGUACAUUUGCGACCAGGCAUAUUUUUACACUUUUGUGGUGUUUGUGUUUGGCUGUAAUUUUCCGCUUUCUCAUUUACUGUUCCCAUACAAAUUAUAUAUUGUUUUUUUCAGGACAAAAGGGGCUUUCUUUACAUACCAUUAUUUAUAUAAUCUCAUGUAUUUUAAUUUAAAAAAAUACAAAAAUAUGAUGAAAAAUUGAAAAAAAUACAUGUUUUUUGACUUUUACUUGAAAAAUCUUUUACUCAUCUACAAAAGCGAAUGAAAAAAACUGCUAAAUAGAUUCAAAAUUUUGUCCUGAGUUUAAAAAUACCUAGUGUUUACGUGCUUUUUUGCUUUUUUUUGCAUGUUAUAGGGCUAUAGGUACAAGUAGGAUAUUGCGGUUUCAAAACAUACAUUUUUAAAAUUUAGCAAUAGUGACAUUGUAACACUAUUAUCUGUCAUAAAUCUCUGAAUAACACCCCACAUGUACAUAUUUUUUUUAAAGUAGACAACCCAGGGUAUUCAAUAUGGGGUAUGUCCAGUCUUUUUUAGUAGCCACUUAGUCGAAAACACUGGCCAAAGUAAGCAUUCAUAUUUGUUUGUGUGUGAAAAAAGUAAAAAAACUAAAUUGAACGCUAAUUUUGGCCAGUGUUUGUGACCAAGUGGUUACUAAAAAAGACUGGACAUACCCCAUUUGCAAUACCUUGGGUUGUCUUCUUUUGCAAAUGGUAUGCCAUCAUGGGGGUAAUUCUCAUUCCUGGGCUACCAUACGCUCUCAAAGGCAACGUAACCAACCUGGCCAUUUUCAAUGUAAAAAUAUUUGACCCAUAUAUUUGACCUUGUAACUUUCAAAAAUGCUAUAAAACCUGUACAUGGGGGGUACUGUUUUACUCGGGAGACAUCGCUGAACACAAAUAUUAGUUUAAAAACUGGAAAACGUAUCACAACAAUUAUAUCAUCAGUAAAAGUGCAAAAAAAGUAACUUUCACUGACAAUAUCAUCGCUGUGAUAUGUUUUACUGUUUUGAAUCACUAAUAUUUGUGUUCAGCGAAGUCUCCUGAGUAAAACAGUACCCCCCAUGUACAGGUUUUAGGGUGUCGUAGAACGUUACAGGGUAAAAUACAGUGCUAGCAAAUUAAAUUCUCUGGAAUUUCGGCCUGGGUUGGCAGGCAGGUCCCUCAAAUUGCAAUCAAUAAAAUUACUGAAUUAUGUAAAAAUAUUACAUAAAUACGCACGUAGAAUUUAAAUAUAUAUGCAUAUUUAUAUAGUUUAAGUCUACGUGUAUAUUUAUAUAAUUAUUUAUGUAAUUUUGUAUAUGGACAUAUGUAUAUUUCAUUAUUUUUAUUUAUUUAUAUAUACAUAGAUAUAUAUACAAAUUCAUUCUAAGUGUAUUUUGAUAUAAAUAUAUAUAUAUUAAUUUUAAAAUACAGUUAGAAUAAAAUUUCAUAUAGAUAUAUAAUUUUUUUUAAAAUUUUAUUAUUAUUUAAAAAAAAAUGAUUUCAUUUAAACUACUUAUUAUUUAUAUUUUAUAAUAAUAUAUAUAUAUAUACACAAUAUAUAUAGUUAUUAUAUAUUAUAUAUAUAUAUACGUGUGUAAUUUAAUUAUAAGUGUAUUUUUAUAUUAAUAUAAGUACAUAUUAAUAUAAAAAUACACUUAGUAUGGCAUUAUAUAUAUGAUAUAUAGACAUAUAUUAUAUAGAUAUAAUAUAUGUCUAUAUAUCAUAUAUACACAUAUAUAAUAAUUCUUUUUUUUUUCUUAACACUAACUUUAUUUUUUUUUUUGAUUUUACACUAGCGGGGAGACUGCCUGUCAGCACAGGCAGUCCCCCUGCAGGCAGACACGUGGACACCUAUUGUGACCAUGUGAUCGCUGUGUUAAGCGAUCACAUGGCCACAGGGGUCCUAAUUCAGUGUGGGGAGACUGUCUGGGCUGCAGGCAUUCUCCCCACAACCGGAGCCACGCUGAUCGCCGCCGGGGGAACGACGGCGAUCAGGUAAGUAGCUCAGACCGAUGACAUGACAAAAAUGCCGAUGACGGUCCUGAACCGUCCUCGGUCGGGAAGGGGUUAAACUAAACAUCCUGGCAUUACAUGGGUUAAAUGUUGAUUUUGAUUUAUUUAAUUUCUAUGAUAUAUAUGUGUUUUUAGCUAUCACCCUGUAUGUACAGCCAUGUUUAUACACUUUUUAUUGAAGUUUUUCUCAUGAUGUUCCCUCCGUUUCUUAUGUUUUCAUUGAGAUUUUCUUCUAUUUUUUAUCUUAUUUUUAUUUUCUCUUAUCUAAUAUACUCCUAAGUGUGUUAUUUAUAUUAUGUUUUUUUUUUUCUUAAAUAUAAAUUCUGUUUUUAAUAAUAUCCUAUUUAUAAACAUAUUUGAUUAUUGGUAUUUGUUUAUUUCUUUUAGACCUUUUUUUUACCAUUUCCUUUUUUAAUACAAGAUGUACUUUUCUCUCCCACUCAUGUUCUAAUAGGCAAUUUUUACUUUUUUUUAGUUCCAUCCCCAUUCCCACCCGUUGGUCUCCCUCCCUUCUAUGUUUUUGCUUUGCUCUAAAUUAUGAUGUGAUGGUCUGCGCCAGUUACGAGGUGCAGGACGCAGUGCCAUAUUGCCAUUUUCACCUAGUCUGGUGUAUCAUAUUUUUCCCUAUUGCACUUACUUGAAUGAGGUGGGGAAGCGGUUCCCUCCAUUUUCCCAUUCUCCUGUGCACUUUUUAGAGCUAAUGCAAUUUGGUUUUAUAUUUCAAGCUGUGCCGGACAUAUUUGUAUGCUAUGAUGCUGCAGUCUGUAUUAAUCAUUUGGUGCAGGCCGUGACGCCUUAUUGGUGCACCUAGUUUGGUGUAUCCCAUUUUGCCCUGCUACGCUUGUUUCAGUGGGGAAGAGGUUCCUUUCACUUCCCCACUCUCUUUUGCUCCUUCCACUUCCCCACUCUUUUGCCUCUUUUAUAGCUAUUAAAGUAUAGUUUGAUAUUUCAUGCUGCGCCGACCAUGCCUUUUGGCUGGCGGCGGUCAUAUUAACACUCCUUAAAAAAAAAUUACCACAAAAGCGCACUAAACUGAUCUGAAAAUAAAGAAAAACAGAGAAUAGUGCAGACCAUCUGAACUAAACAAAGUAUAUAUAGGGGGGUAUGAGGGAAAAAAAUCACAUUGACCAUAGCCCUAUCACCCCUGGCUCUGGGUUUGUAAUGCUCCACUUGAGAGGGAAAAUUCCCACACUGGUAGGCUUCCAAAUGGUGUGUUCACUUGAAAACUGGUUAAGCUGUGCAAUAUAGGACAGAGAGAGAGGCAGGACCUCCAAUUGAAUAGUAUCAAAUACACUUUAUUAAAAGACAACAGUUAAAAACUCUUACUUUGCGAGUGGUGGGUUAUGCUGACAUAGCUACCCACAUAAAAGCAUAUAAACGGCUGAAAGAAAGUCACUUCCUGGUUUCGUCUGUCCUGAUCACGUGAUCACUUCCGGGUCCGCCUCUCUCGUGACGUGUACGUGACGCGUUUCGCCCGCCUCCACAGGCUUCCUCUGACUACGUCAUGGGUAUCCAGCCCUUCCUUUUAAAUGUCAUACUCCUCACCCUCUAUUAUUCCAUUGGUCUGGGGGCGUGGCUUCCUUAUAAAGGGCUGGUUUCAUCUUUCCCUUAUGAGAAUCUGAAUCCUAUUCCCCUCCUACUUUUACAUAUGUAUGUUUAAUCAGGAAACCAUUAUUUAAUUCAGAGCUAGUAUCCAAACUACUAUUGCACAUAAUUACUAAAUUAAACACACAAAAUGUUAUACAUCAAUUUAACCUUUUAAUGAUUUAUACAUAAAUGUUAAAGCAGAAUAAAUAUGAUGUAUAGCUUAUGUAAGCCAGAGCUCCACCUAGAGAUCCAAAUGUGACUAAUUAACAAUAAUCAUAGAUAUCUCUGUUAUAAUUAAGAAUUAAGUGUUACUCAAUCCAAAUAUAUAAUUUAAAGGGAUAUUCACCUUCAUACUUAUCACAUAUGGUAUAACAGCCCAAUAGGGAAUACAAAUCUAUAUUUAUCCUAAAAGGUAGUGGAUCUAAAACUUGGAUCAAUAAGGGAGAUCCUGCUAACACAGAGAUAUUGUAGAAGAUAAUGAAUGAGGUUACUUUCCAUACUCCGUCUUGUCUAAAGAAGUGUUCUCAUUAGAACCAAGAUAUAAAGAGACAGUAAUGGAUACAUUUUAAAUAAAAAAUACAUUCAAAUAAAAUAUAUCAUAUAAAAAAGCCUGGUUUCUGAAUAACAGAAAGCUGCCUAUAUACAUAACUAGACUGUAGAGAAGAGAUCAUAUGUACAUAGAUAUUCUUCUAAAAGGAAGAAAGAAAAAAUGUUAAACAUCAUAAUAUGUUUCUAGAGAAAGAAUGUUAAACAUCAUAAUGAGGAAACAUACCGAACUUAACAUCAAUCAUAGAAAGUGACAAAUCUCAAAGUCUCCAUUUAAACCUUUAGGGAAUAACGACUUCAAUUUAAACACCCAUCUCAUCUCUUGUUUUGCCAGUUUAUUAUCUAAAUCCUCCCCCUCCAAUUCCUAUUAUCUCUCUCAAUCCCAAUGAAUUGGAGCUUUGUUACGUCUCCUUGAUGCUUGUGUAUAAAAUGCGAAGUUAAAGGGUGCUCCUUAAAGCCCCUUUUAAUAUUAUGUAAAUGCUCCUCAAUGUGGAUAUGAAUUUGUCUAGUAGUUUUCCCCACAUAAUGCAUAUUGCAUGGACAGGUAAGGAUAUAAAUACAAUUGGUGGUGUGACAAGUUAUUAACAGUUUAACUUGAUAUACUUGUUUCGUGUUCCCCCCUAUUAAUUCACUUUUAACACAUUUAGGGGCUCCUAUAGUCCUACACGCUAGACAGUAUCUGCAUUGGAAAAACCAAUUUUCUUGAUUUAAAAAAGUUUUAAUAUGAUUCUCUUGUUUAAAGCUGCUUCUAACAAGCUGGUUUUUCAUACUAGGUGUCCCUCUAUAUAUGAUCCUCGGCUUUUUAGAAACUAUCUGAUUUAGAAGGGGAUCCUCCUGUAAAAUAAACCAAUAUUUAUUCACAAUAUUCUUCAAUUCUUUACUUCUCCCUGAAUAAUUAAAAAUAAGUGGGACCUCAUUAGUCCUAUUCUCCCUUCCUUUAUUACACUUAUUAUCAUUUCUUAGAAGCUCUUUCCUAUUUAUGUUUUUUUUUUUUUUUUAUACGCUUUGUCCAGUAUUGCUUUAGGAUAAUUUUUAGCUGUGAAAUCAUUAAUUAAUUUAUGUACCUGAGACUCAUAAGAAUCCAUAUUGGUAUAAUUUCUCUUGAUCCUCAUCAUUUGUCCCUUGGGGAUGUUAUCCAACCAGGGACCAUAGUGACAGCUGUCAUAAAAAAUAAAACUAUUAACGUCUACCUUCUUAAAAAAGGUUUCCGUACAGAUCUUACUAUUAGAAAUAAAAAUUCAUAGGUCCAAAUAAUUGACCUGGCUGUCACUAUGGUCUUAGGAGACCUAAAGAUAUUUGAUUCAGAUAUUGAUCCCAUUCCCCCAUAAAUUCUUCACUUUCUCUAUCAAAGGUGCUUAUCAUAUGGAGAAUAAGGUACAUACUUUCCAUAGAGGUAAAUUUGAUAAUAGAAGAAGAUUCCCCUAGACUUGAUAUACGCAAUGAUAAUAAGUAUUUACCUCUAUGGAAAGUAUGUACCUUAUUCUCCAUAUGAUAAGCACCUUUGAUAGAGAAAGUGAAGAAUUUAUGGGGGAAUGGGAUCAAUAUCUGAAUCAAAUAUCUUUAGGUCUCCUACACAUUAUCAUUAAAACGAGACAACUUAAUUUAAGAGAUCUAGAUAGUAAGAUUAAAUCUAUUAAAGAACUUUUACAGCCGUUUUUAGAGUCUAAAGAAAUGGAGAAACAUUUUGAAGAAAUUUUGAAUGAAAUGAAUAGAGUAGAAAAGGAGGUGAUUACUAUUAAGAAAAAGAAAUAUUUCAGGGAUAAACAGGACUAUAUGGAGAAUAAGGUACAUACUUUCCAUAGAGGUAAAUUUGAUAAUAGGAGAAGAUGGGUAGAAUCUCGGAAUAAUCUAGCUAGAUCAGAGAACUUUAAGAGAGAGUAUCAUGAGCCUGGACAUCAAUUUAAACAACAAUACACCCAACGUAACAUGGGUGCAUAUCAAUAUAUUAAGAGGAGGGAGUCAAUAAAUGAUGGUAGGAAGUACCAAAGGGACUAUAAUCCCCAUCAGCAUCAGAGAAAUAAUACCCAAGUAAAUGAGACUUCAACUAAACAGAAUGGGGAAUAAAGUUCCAACCAACGAAUGAGGAGUACUACUCAGGUAGAGAGAACACAAUUUAGAGAAAAUAGAGAUCCCAACUAUAAAUCAGGCCCCAAUGUCUGGAAAACGACCCAAUAUAGAGUAGAAGAACAAGAUUCCCCUAGACUUGAUGUACGCACUGAUAAUAAGUAUUUAACUCAUAAUCAAGGAGAACAAUCUAAAGAUUUUUUAGAAUGGGAUCAAAAAAGGAAGGAAAGGAUAAAAUUAAACAUCCCAAGCUCCCCAUUAAAAAGAAGAAUGGAAAGAGAGGAACAAGAGAGGGGAGUCAGAUACAGAGAAGGAAAAAGAGGAAGGUUAUAGAUAUUAAGGGAAUAUAUAACCUUUCGAAGAUUCCCCUCACUGCAAUGCAGAAUAGAGUACUAGCCAGAGGGAUUAAGUUUUGCCCCACAGCCAAUUUGGAUCAAUUUUCAGUAUAUAUAGACCUUAAAAAAUUUGUGAGAAAACUAUGUUUAAAACGAUUCUUUAUGGAUAAGAUCGAUGUAACAAAGGAGUCUCAAGGUGACACACAACCUAUAGAGGGAGGGAAUUUUACCACAUUGAAAAAGAGAUCUACCUUCUUUCCAAAAAACUGUAAAACCAACUCAAUGAAUGCAUUUGAGGAAUUGGUUAUGAAGGAGGUGGAAAGAAUAAAGAGAAUUAAUAAGAAUAAAACAAAUCUAAAUAAGGAGGAACAAAAAGCGUUAUUGGAACUACGCGAUAACACACAAAUAGUUAUAAAACCAGCCGACAAGGGGGGUGGCAUUGUAAUUAUGGUCAAGGAGUACUAUAUAGAAGAAUCUCUUAGGCAACUGAAUGAUGAGAGUAUGUACACCAAACUAAAAGGUGAUCCAACUAAGGAUAAGAAAAAUAUUUUUCUGGAAUUUUUGGGUAGGGGCCUAAUGCUGCAAGUUAUAUCUAGAACAGAGUAUGAAUAUUUAGCGGUCUUAUACCCAAGGAUACCUAUGUAUUACUUCCUACCCAAGAUCCAUAAACAUGAAACUAAUCCACCGGGUAGACCCAUCAUUUCGGGGAUAGGUUCAGUGUCAGCCCCCUUGUCGGAAUACAUCGAUCAAUUUUUACAGCCCAUAGUCAAAAAGACUAAAGCAUAUCUAAGAGACACUAGUCAAAUCCUCUGCUUGUUGGAGGAGGUAGAGUGGAGGGAUGGGGAUGUCCUUGUCACUGCGGAUGUCUCAUCCCUCUACUCGAUCAUUCCACACCAAAGGGGUAUUGAGGCUGUUCAAUACUUCCUGUCCACCUCCAAUUUAUCCCUCAAUCACCAAGCCUUCAUUUUAGAGGGCAUUCAACUUAUACUUACCAAUAAUUAUUUUCACUAUAAAGAUUCCUUUUAUUUGCAGACCCUUGAAACGGCGAUGGGGACUAGAUUCGCACCCAGCUAUGCGAAUUUAUUCAUGUCCCAUAGGGAAGAGUAUUUUAUAUAUUGUGAACAUAGCUGUGUGCAGAAUCUGGUCACCUAUCGCCGUUACAUUGAUGAUUUGUUUUGGAUUUGGAGAGGAUCUAGGGAAGAUCUUGUUUUAUUCUUGGCAUAUUUGAAUUCUAACUCUUGGGAUGUUAGACUCACCAUGGACCAUAGUGACAGCCAGGUCAAUUAUUUGGACCUACGAAUUAUUAUUUCUAAUAGUAAGAUCUGUGCAGAAACCUUUUUAAGAAGGUAGACGUUAAUAGUUUUAUUUUUUAUGACAGCUGUCACUAUGGUCCCUGGUUGGAUAACAUCCCCAAGGGACAAAUGAUGAGGAUCAAGAGAAAUUAUACCAAUAUGGAUUCUUAUGAGUCUCAGGUACAUAAAUUAAUUAAUGAUUUCACAGGUAAAAAUUAUCCUAAAGCAAUACUGGACAAAACGUAUAAAAAAACCAAAAAACAUAAAUAGGAAAGAGCUUCUAAGAAAUAAGUGUAAUAAAGGAAGAGAGAAUAGGACUAAUGAGGUCCCACUUAUUUUUAAUUAUUCAGGGAAAAGUAAAGAAUUGAAGAAUAUUGUGAAUAAAUAUUGGUUUAUUUUACAGGAGGAUCCCCUUCUAAAUCAGAUAGUUUCUAAAAAGCCGAGGAUCAUAUAUAGAGGGACACCUAGUAUGAAAAACCAGCUUGUUAGAAGCAGCUUUAAACAAGAGAAUCAUAUUAAAACUUUUUUAAAUCAAGAAAAGGUUUUUUUCCAAAGCGGAUACUGUCUAGCGUGUAGGACUAUAGGAGCCCCUAAAUGUGUUAAAAGUGAAUUAAUAGGGGGGAACACGAAACAAGUAUAUCAAGUUAAACUGUUAUUAACUUGUCACACCACCAAUUGUAUUUAUGUCCUUACCUGUCCAUGCAAUAUGCAUUAUGUGGGGAAAACUACUAGACAAAUUCAUAUCCACAUUGAGGAGCAUUUACAUAAUAUUAAAAGGGACUUUAAGGAGCACCCUUUAUCUUCGCAUUUUAUACACAAGCAUCAAGGAGACAUUGCAAAGCUCCAAUUCAUUGGGAUUGAGAGAGUUAAUAGGAAUUGGAGGGGGAGGAUUUGGAUAAUAAACUGGCAAAACAAGAGAUGAGAUGGGUGUUUAAAUUGAAGUCGUUAUUCCCUAAAGGUUUAAAUGGGGACUUUGAGAUUUGUCACUUUCUAUGAUUGAUGUUAAGUUCGGUAUGUUUCCUCAUUAUGAUGUUUAACAUUCUUUCUCUAGAAACAUAUUAUGAUGUUUAACAUUUUCUCUUUCUUCCUUUUAGAAGAAUAUCUAUGUACAUAUGAUCUCUUCUCUACAGUCUAGUUAUGUAUAUAGGCAGCUUUCUGUUAUUCAGAAAUCAGGCUUUUUUAUAUGAUGUAUUUUAUUUGAAUAUAUUUUUUAUUUAAAAUGUAUCCAUUACUGUCUCUUUAUAUCUUGGUUCUAAUGAGAACACUUCUUUAGACAAGACGGAGUAUGGAAAGUAACCUAAUUCAUUAUCUUCUACAAUAUCUCUGUGUUAGCAGGAUCUCCCUUAUUGAUCCAAGUUUUAGAUCCACUACCUUUUAGGAUGAUUAUAGAUUUGUAUUCCCUAUUGGGCUGUUAUACCAUAUGUGAUAAUUAUGAAGGUGAAUAUCCCUUUAAAUUAUAUAUUUGGAUUGAGUAACACUUAAUUCUUAAUUAUAACAGAGAUAUCUAUGAUUAUUGUUAAUUAGUCACAUUUGGAUCUCUAGGUGGAGCUCUGGCUUACAUAAGCUAUACAUUAUAUUUAUUCUGUUUUAACAUUUAUGUAUAAAUCAAUAUAAGGUUAAAUUGAUGUAUAACAUGUGUUUAAUUUAGUAAUUAUGUGCAAUAGUAGGUUGGAUACUAGCUCUGAAUUAAAUAAUGGUUUCCUGAUUAAACAUACAUAUGUAAAAGUAGGAGGGGAAUAGGAUUCAGAUUCUCAUAAGGGAAAGAUGAAACCAGCCCUUUAUAAGGAAACCACGCCCCCGGACCAAUGGAAUAAUAGAGGGUGAGGAGUAUGACAUUUAAAAGGAAGGGCUGGAUACCCAUGACGUUGUCAGAGGAAGCCUGUGGAGGCGGGCGAAACGCGUCACGUACACGUCACGAGAGAGGUGGACCCAGAAGUGAUCGGGACAGACGAAACCAGGAAGUGACUUUCUAUCAGUCGUUUAUAUGCUUUUAUGUGGGUAGCUAUGUCAGCAUAACCCACCACUCGCAAAGUAAGAGUUUUUAACUGUUGUCUUUUAAUAAAGUGUAUUUGAUACUAUUCAAUUGGAGGUCCUGCCUCUCUCUGUCCUAUAUUGCACAGCUUAACCAGUUUUCAAGUGAACACACCAUUUGGAAGCCUACCAGUGUGGGAAUUUUCCCUCUCAAGUGGAGCAUUACAAACCCUGAGCCAGGGGUGAUAGGGCUCUGGUCAAUGUGAGUUUUUUUCACCUCAUACCCCCCUAUAUAUACUUUGUUUAGUUCAGAUGGUCUGCACUAUUCUCUGUUUUUCUAUAUUUUUAGAUCAGUCUAGCGCGCUUUUGUGGUAAUUUUAUUUUUGUAUUUGUGUAUACUUCUGUAUCACUGGGAUCGAGUGCUGCCUUACUAUAUUUGUUAUAUCCUAUAGCGCUGACACACUGUUGGUUUUAUAUUAACACUCCUUCCUUAUACGGUGGCAGCCAUUUUGAUGCUCCUUCUCAGGAUUUUCUUUAUUUUAAUCACAUAUUUAAAUUUUUUAAAUCUAUUUAAAUAUCUUUUGAAAGUAUUAUAUCCCUUUCUAGUCCUCCAUUUUAAUAACAUUUCAAGUUGAUUGUUGGUCACAUGAUCUGUGACAUCAUCUCACCAUUUUUUAUUUUUUUUAUUUUGUGUAGCUAUUUAAACAAGAUGGCUGUAUUAUACUGUAACAUGAAAUGCGUCAGUAUUUUACCAUUAUUUUAUGCUAUAUUUUGGUUUUAUUAUUAUUUUUAAUAAAACUAGUUUUUAUUCUACCUGCACCUUCCUGAUUUUAUCCCAGAAGAUUUUAUCUGGAGGAUUUACAUUUUAUUUCCUUGGUGGGGAAUAUACUGCCUACUCUGUUUUGGAUUGAGCAAAACUUUGUUUGCUCUCCUUUUGUGCGUAUACCUCCUUUUAUUAUUUAUUUUAUUGUUUCAGUACCAAGAGCACUAUAUUUUAUUUUAUUUCUAUUGCAACAACGUUAAGCACUGAAGAAGAACACUCCCAAAGCUUACUAUCAAAAACUACCUACUGGUUUUGAUACAUCUUCUAACAUAGAGCCAAGGCCAUCAGCAUAUCCAUAGACAGGGAUUGUCCCAUCCAAGCGCACAUAUCUGUAGAAGUGUUAUUUCUCUUAACUAAUUCACCAGUAACUGGAUAUACUACACUUUAUUUUGUUCCUUUGUCCUCUUAGCUUUCAUAUUUCUCCUCUCAGAUUUGAGAAUACUUUGAAUGCGCUGCUUCCCUUCACCCCCUCUCCCAUACAGUAUCUACUUACUGCCAGAAAGAAAAGACUCUGGUUUGGGAAGUUCCAGCUGCCUGGAUGUCUUUUGGAAAAACAGAAUAUUCAAGGAUACAAUAGUUAACAUGUGGAGAUACAGCUUGUUGAUCCAAAGAGAAAUCUGACUGCUUUUUUGAGCCAAGAAGAUUUUUUCCAUAUGGAUUUAUGUCAGCCUACUGUUUGUCCAGAGAUUGUAAUUAGCCAAGAAUUGUUAGCUAUGCAAAGGGAAGAGGUUCAGGCCGACUCAAAAUAAUCAGAGAUAUUCACUCAUCAGCCUGGUUUACAAACCUAGCACAGUACAAAAAAAUGCCUUGGCAGAAACUCAGACAGCCUUAAUUAGAGUGUCUCUAUAGUAGGCUCAAAUAGAUGAGAUGCUUCUGCAAGGGAUAAAUUAAUUUGUUCUGUUGCGAAGCCACGGUUUAACAGAUAACUAGUUUGGAGACUGCUGGUAGAGAAUGAUCCAUAUAUUAAGUAUGGUUCUGUCUUUCUUCUGUAUCAUUUCAAUUUCAUUGCCUAUAUAUAAUAGGUCCAUUAAUGUAGGAAUGUGACUAAUACUACCAUCCUUUGGCAAUUUACGAUUAGUAUAGUUGACAUGCAAAACAAAAUGUAAUGAAUAAACAAAUCAGCCCAUAGGAAAUAUUUACUGUGCAUUUACUGAUUUCCCUCGGCGCUGGUUUGGCAUUCUGCCUUAUCUCAUGUCAUCUGAUUAGGCCCUCUCCAUAUUUUUCUAUGGGGAUUUAAUUUAGCUGACACUGGAUGUACUCAUUAGGAUUAUUAUAUUAUUAUUUAAUUUUUUAUAUAGUGCCAGCAAAUUCUGUAGCGCUGUACAAUGGGAUGCAGAGAGUGAGGACGUCCAGCGUCAGUUAGGCAAUCAAAAAUGGCUUACCAACCAGAAAGUGCUUCUAGUGGAUGUCUGAUUGACAGCCACUAGAGGCAGUCUUAGUCAUGCAAAGUAAAUCAUUGCUGUUUCUCAAAAACCGCAAUGAUUUACAUUACAGGACUAAGAGGAACAGGGACACUGCACCCAAAUCACUUCAAUGAGCUGAAGUGGUCUGAGUGCCUGUAAUCCCUUUAAUACACACAAAAAAUAGAAGUAUUUAAUUUUAUUCUAGUAUAGAGCAUGGGAAGAACAGGUCACACGCAAUUACAUAAACAAAGUAAUUUUUUUCUCACUUUCAUAUAUUUUUCAUGUUCACAGAUUGUUACAGUGAAAACAACCUCCAAUUACAGCCUCAUGUCAAUAAGAACUCUCAUUGGAAAAAAAAAGUGAACCUGCAGGAGAAGCUUCUAAAGAAGAUUCUAGCAGAGAUUGUUAAGUUUCAUGAAGAGUGGAAGAAGUCCAUUAACAAGGAGGAUAUAGAGUCAGAGUGGUAUACAGCGGCAGUAGUGAUAGAUCGCCUGAUCUUUAUCAUUUAUCUACUUUUUGUAGUCAUUGUGUUUAUUAUCCUGAUUGUUUCUUGGGCGAAAUAAAAAUUAGACUAAAGUCUUCUGGAUGUAAAUCUGGUAUUUAAGAAAAAA